AUGGCGGAACAGGUCAAUCAGGGCCUCCAGGGCUCUGCGCGUGAUAUCUUGACGACAUACUGGCAGCACACCAUCAACCACCUCGAGUCCGAUAACCAUGACUACAAAAUCCACCAAUUACCGCUGGCACGCAUCAAAAAGGUGAUGAAAGCCGACCCGGAAGUGAAGAUGAUUUCAGCCGAAGCGCCCAUCCUGUUCGCCAAAGGCUGCGACGUAUUCAUAACCGAAUUGACCAUGCGUGCCUGGAUACAUGCCGAAGACAACAAACGACGCACCUUGCAGCGAUCAGACAUUGCAGCUGCCCUGGCAAAGUCAGACAUGUUUGAUUUCCUGAUCGAUAUCGUUCCCAGGGAAGAAGCUACUUCUCAUACCAAACGGUCAGCUCCCCAGGCCCCCGGUGCCCCCCAGGCGCCAGGACCGGGCCAGCUACCACCCCAGCCACCAGGUGUACCUCAGCAGCACCCCAUGGGCCCUCCAGAGUACGGCGCCAUGGGACAGCAUCCUCUCGGCCAGGAACAGGACUACAGACAGCAGCCUCCCAUGUACGGUGGGGCAGUACAGUCAGACCCUGCCUACGGCCACCCCCAACCCCAGAUGUUUGGCGAGAUGUACGGAUAUUCUCAAUUACCCCCUCAGCAGAAUCCCAAAAAGGGCGACUCGACAAUCGCUCUCUAG